GAGAGAGAGUGUGUGAGGGGGUCAUAUGAACACUCAACUUCAUUCAUCUCUGUUCACGCCACUGAUCUAAUCUGUGCUUCCCAACUCCACAGUGAAGAUGGCAUCGGGAGGAAUAUUUGGCGCUCUUGGGAAAAGUAGGGCUCAGAGGUUUUAUCUGAAAGGCUCCCUGUUUUUUCUAUUACUCCACAUGUGUAAUGGCACUUCUACUACAGAACCAACAAGUACAGCCAUGAACAAUACCGAUGCCUUCAACAUGACGACACCUGCAGCCGCAUCAAACUCUGAAAACACUGUGUCCUACAUGACAUCUGCACCAUCUGAUAUCACGUCUCAUACCACCAAUGACACGACUCUGUCUCAUUAUAUGCCCACAGAUUGGACGAACACGUCAUCCUCAGGAAGCAACACUAGUUUAUCCUGUCCAGCGUUUACAUGCACCACAGACUGUUACGCCAAGUUCAUGAAAGUGUCACCGACUCUGUGCCCGUCGGGCAAUGCUUACUGUGAGCUCAUCAAACAGGCCAUGAGUUACUCUAUCAUGUGUAGCGUGUCGUGUGGGAUGUCCUGCGGGAAUGACACUGUCACUAAUUGCUCUCUGGCCUGUUGCAACACAACCAGCUGCCUGAACGCCUCUCUGUCAGCCCACUUCGGUUCAUUCAGCACCGCAGCCCCGAUAAUAACCAGUACACCGUCCACCACCGUAAAGGUGACGGUCCCUCCCACGCCAGCAAAUAACGGAAAGAAGUGUAUCAGCAUCAAAUGUGAUGGGUCAGCGUGUUACAAAAACACCAAUACCAUUCCCCUCGUGUUCUGUCCUGUUGGUCAGGACUACUGCAAGCUGCACAAGGUCACAGUCGGCACAGUGGAGUCUUGGCAGGGGGGUUGCAGUGAGGAUUGCAGAAAGGCACAAGUUUGCUCGAGCGGACUCAGCACCUGCCACCAGGAGUGUUGCAAUGCGACCACUGCGGCUUCGUGUCUCAAACUGACGGGUGAACUGAACAUGCCCAGCUCUGCCACCAGAGGUCCUCAGUCUCCUGCACUGCUCACUGUCUCUUUACUGCUCCUAUGGAUGAUGAAAAUCCUCACCUGAGGGGAAAAACACUCACAUGCACUUAGCCAUUCAGGGAAAGCGCAUCUUCACAUUAAAAUCUAUGUGUGUGUGUGUGUGUGUAAACAAAUGAAGGUGUAUGUGUGUGUUUACUAGACGUGAGAGAGUCAGAAUGUGUGUGUGUGUGUGUGCAUGCGUGCGUGUGUUUGUUGUGUGUGUUUGUGUGUGUGUGUGUGUGUAAACAAAUGAAAUGUAUGUGUGUGUUUACUAGAUGUGAGAGAGUCAGAAUGUGUGUGUGUGUGUGUGUGUGUGUGUGUAAACAAAUGAAGGUGCAUGUGUGUGUUUACUAGAUGUGAGAGAGUCAGAAUGUGUGUGUGUGUGUAAACAAAUGAAGGUGUAUGUGUGUGUUUACUAGAUGUGAGAGAGUCAGAAUGUGUGUGUGUGUGUGUGUGUGUGUGUGUGUAAACAAAUGAAGGUGCAUGUGUGUGUUUACUAGAUGUGAGAGAGUCAGAAUGUGUGUGUGUGUGUGUGUGCGUGCGUGCGUGUGUGUGUGUGUGUGUGUGUGUGUUUGUUGUGUGUGUUUGUGUGUGUGUGUGCGUGAAAAAAGCUGUCCCACAUAGAUGUUUAGAGGGUUUUAUCAAGUGGGAACAUGGCUGUUGUAGGUCAGAAAUGAUUUCCAAAGGAAUAUAUUAACACUGCAGCAACAAAUAUGAGAUCUAUCUAUCACAUACAUCACAACCUACUGGGUUUGCUUUGUGUCUUUUUGUCAUUCAUGUGUCAGACGAAUAUAGUCAAUCAACAUGUGAUCUGAAGCCUUCAUUUUUUGCUCUGUUUUGUUUCAUGUUGCUGUACACAGGAAAAAAGAAUGCAAAGAUAAUCCUGAUUAAUAAUAAAACCCCACACUUUGAUCAUAGUUGACAGCAAUAACAAAUAGGACAUUCAGUCAGGAAACUUCACUCAUCUGUUUAGUUACUGACAGUCUUCCAAAUAUCUUCCCUUGUGUUCAGCAGAACAAAGAUAUGUACACAGGUCUGUAACAAUCUGAAGAUUAGUAAAUGAUGACAGAAAUGUCAUUUUUAGGGGAAAUUUCCCUUUAACACAUUAUGUGUCACGGUGUGCUAAAGUAACGCAAAAUGUGUUGUCCCACACAAAUGUUGUGUUUUUAAAAUGAGUGUACCUUAUGUACAAAUAGGUUUAUUUCAAGCAGACAGAACACGCACAGUUUGCAUUGAAAUAUACAUUAGACAAUAUUUGACAUCUGAUAUUUAUCAUCAUGAACAUGAAGUCUAUGGGUUAAUCCACGCACACGCACAUAAAGCUUUAUUUUUGCAGAGAAUCUGUUUAUUAAUGUGAACAGAUGUAAGAGCGUAUAGUUUAUGUUAAUAUUCUUGAAUGACUGUCUGUUGUGUGAUAAUACAUAUACUGAUAUCUAUUUGCAGAAUAAUACAAGAACAUGUUGAUCAUU